GAGAGAGAAAGAGAAAGAGAAGAAUAUAACGCAAUAACACAGGCAUACAGCCAGCCAGCAACACAGUGAUUCAUUCCAAUGGUGAAGUUUUUUUUGGUUUUAAUACAUUUGCAAAGAGUUGUCCGGAAUUUGCUGCAACGGCCCCGUGCAUGCAUGCAUGUGUGUGUGUGUGUGUGUGUUCUACGUCGUGCCGUCUCGCUCGCACGCACAGUUUGCACCACCAGCUGCGUUUAAUGGCGUGUGCAUUCAUCUGACAGCCAGCCAUAGCCAGCACGGAUUUUCUGUCCCUCUGUCUGUGUGUGUGUGUGUGUGUGUGUGUGUGUGUGUGUGCGUGACUGUGCAUGAAUGUUUUUUUGUUGUUGUUUUCGUUGUUGUGUUCCUUGGCUGCCCGCAGAAACUCCGAUCCAGCUGCAAAUUUUAACUCCGAUCACCAUCCAAAGUGUGUGUGUGUGUGUGUGUGUGUGUCUGUGUGUGUACGGUGGACAGUGGAAAGUUUUUGGAUCCCAAGCGAGAUCCGCUCUGCCGAAACCAAACAACACCAGGACAGAAGGGCUGUGGCGUGUUUCGUCCCGAUUGUGCUGUGACCCCUUUCUCUCUUCUUCUAUCAAAACCACGGCGCAGCAGCAAGUGGCGCAAGGGGCAGCAGGUUGGGCGGCAAUCAAAACGGCAGCGAAAAUAGGCCGACACAUCCAAAGACGACUUGUAGCUCUUCGUGUAUUUGGUUUCUAAUAGCGCCCCGUCGAUCAACUAGGUAGGCCUGCAGUAACAUCCACCACUGCAGCAGCAACAGAGCAACAACCACCAUCACGACGACGAGUAGGUCCCAGAUACUGGCCGCGAUGCCGUGGGUGGCACCGUUGGACAAUGCGGCUGCCGCACAGAUCGUCUGCCGGUUCUACCAGUACGGUACGUGCCGGUUUGGCAGCACCUGCCGCUUCAUACAUCCCGCCGCCGAGCCGGCCACAAUCGGCAGCAGCUGCAGCAGCAGCACUAGCAGUAGCAGCAGCAGCACCACCAGCGGCAGCAGCUACCACACCGGCAACAGUAUCAGCGACGGCAGCAGUCCGGCCGACAGUGCACCAAAGGCCAGCGCGGGCGCCGCUGCGCCCAACACCGAACAGAGCAGCCAUACAGGCGCCGUCGAUCUGUCCCGCUGGAUCGAUGCGCCCGUCUUUGUGCCGAAAGCGAAGCUUCCCCUCGAACAGCCGCCCCAACCGCCACAGCAGCAGCAGCAGCAGCAGCAGCUGCCGCCGCGAAAGAGCAAGCGAAAGAGCGACCGUCGCACGGUGAUGGUGGACGAGUCACAGCUGCAACUGCGUCGCACAAGGAUGGACAAGUCACAGCAGCAGCAGCAGCAAGCGGAGCAGGAGGUAGAGGACACAGAGGAGAAGCCGGACGAGGUCGGGCUGGACAACGAGGCCGACAAUGAGGCGGACAACGAGGAAGAGGAGGACGAGGAGGAGGAGCAGGAAGAAGAGGAAGAAGAAGAGGCGGAGGAGGAGGAGGAGAGCGAUGGUGGUGGUGCGGUCGGUGGGCUUGCCGCCGCCGCCGCCGGAUCGCCCCUGCUUUCCUACGCGAACGUCGUCACGAUGAACAACAACCACAACGGCACGGAGCCGGAGGUGGGGCCGGCCGGCGAGGUGCGGCUCUGCGCCCACUACGAAAAGCACGGCCUCUGCCCGCUCGCCGACUGCGUGCACGUGCACGGCGAGCUGUGCGAGCUCUGCCAGCGGUACUGUCUCGAUCCGCGCGACCGGGAGCAGCAGCGGCGCCACAACGCCGACUGCAUCCGGGAGCACGAGCUGGAGAUGGAGCACGCGUUCGCGGUCCAGCGGUCGCGCGACAAAUCGUGCGGCAUCUGUCUCGACGUGGUGAUGGAGAAGCGGGCCCGGGAGCAGCGGUUCGGCAUACUGCCCAACUGCAAGCACACCUUCUGCCUGAGCUGCAUCCGCACCUGGCGCAAGGCGACCAACUUUGCCAACAAAAUCAGAAGGGGCUGCCCGACCUGCCGCGUGCCGUCCGACUUCGUCUGCCCGAGCUUCGUCUGGGUGGAGGCGGGCGAGGAGAAGGAGCGGCUGAUCGAGAACUACAAGCAGGCGUGCAACAACACCGACUGCAUGCACUUCAAGAAGGGUGCCGCCAACUGCCCGUUCGGCAACAAGUGCUUCUACCGGCACGCGCUCCCGUCCGGCGAGCUGGUCGACCUGGGGGCGCCGUCCCGCCGCCGCAACCCGAACCGGGCCGCCCGGGGGCACAUCGAUCCGCUGCCGCUGCAGGAGGUGCUCGCGGCCCUGCUCGCCCGCCGCAGCCUCGCCCUGCACGACGAGCUGCUGACGUCGCUGUUUUCCGACCUGGACGACUCGGACUACGAUCUCGAGUCGAACGUGCGCGGGUACGGUUUCUGGUCGGACUCGUCCGAAUCCGCCGACGACUAUCUGUUCGACAUUGUUUGAGCCGCGUGCGGGGAUCGAGGGGGGUGGGGGACGUGAAAUUUCAGAGAGAGAAAGAGAGAGACAGAGAGAGAAAGAGAGAGAGAGAGAGAGAGAAAGAGAGAGAGAGAGAGAAAGAGAGAGAGAGAGAAAGAGAGAGAAAGAGAGAGACAGAGAUAGAGAGAGAGAGAGAGAGAGAGAGAGAGAGAGAGAGAGAGAGAGAGAGAGAGAGAGAGAGAGAGAGAGAGAGAGAGAGAGAGCCAAAGCAAAAUUGCACGGUACACACAUGUAAAACAUUCAAACACACACAAAAAACACACACACACAUACCCACACACAUACAAAUUCAGGUUGAGCCAGUGUUAGGUUCUACGCGAUUCUGCUUGUAGAAAGAUGCUGAACGUGUGUGUGUGUGUCUGCUGAUUGUUAAAUAUUGUAUCGUUAGUUCGGACCGUUAUUAUUAGUACUACACAUAUACAUAUAUAUAUAUUCCUCGCGGGAAAGCAUCUUCGGUACGGGGGGGGGGAAGGGGGUGAAUUUAUCGCCAGCAAAGGGUAAACGAGAAAACCACUUCAAAAAAUCGCCAAAUACCAAAAUCGAAAGUGCUAAGCCACGGACAGAGGCCAUAAUAGGGUUGGCGAAGAAGGGGAGGAAGGAGAGGUAGGAGGGGAGGGGUGCACACACACACACACACACACACACACACUGCAGCAGCAUUCCGUCGCCACUUUCCGGUGGUUGCUCAAAAGCUUUCUCUUCCUUCCCAUCCUCUUUAUCUCUAUCUCUCUCUCUCUCUCUCUCUCUCUCUCUUACUCCUAGUGACAUUGUCCUUCCAAAACCAAAACACUCUCAGCUUAAUCUACCUCAUUCGCCCACUCCUACCUUUUCACCCCCGCCUCUCCCCACCAAUCCUGCGACUGUGAUGCCUUUGUGUUGGUGUGCGUGCGUGUGUGUGUGUGUGUGUGGUGAAUUUUAAAUGCAGGGUAACAGUGGUUGCAGGGGACACUAACAAACACAAACGCAAGCAGCAACAGCAAUUAGAGAAUAGUCAAGAGAAAAAAAAGGACCCAUCGACUCAUCAACCCCAACCGCCCACUCCCGCCCGUUCACAAAACACACCGGUCAUUUGCUUGUUCAAGCUGUGAGGCAGUGAAGCACCCCAUUCCCCCCUCCUCCUUCUUCGCCUAUUGCUUGAUAAUGUUGCUUUGUAAUUCUUUUUUUUUCGUUGUUUUUUUUUGCUAUAUCACGGCGCGCCGUUACGCAGACCGUCGUCGUGGUAAAGGUGCACACACGUGCCCACUACUGUAGAUAACUUUCUUUUUGAACUUCUGUCGGUGGGGGAGGACGGCUCACCAUUAUUUAAAUUCAAUGUUUGUGUUUUGGUUUUUGGUCUCUUCUCCGUUUCAACACUCCAAUUAGCAUGGUAGGGCAGAUGUAGGGUAGUGUGUAAGGUGCGCUGUGCAAAAGUGUUAAGCGUGCGCGUGUGUGUGUGUGUGUGUGUGCGUGUGCAAUCGUUCCUUUAGGUCGUUUUGUUUGACAGUCUGCUCCAGUACUGCUUUUCCCCGUAUGUAAAAGUGUAUUUCUCGGAGAGAGAGACACACAAACAGAGCAGACGGUGCGGGCACGGCACAACUCCCCCCUCAGCCCUCAUCUCGCUCCACUAAAAGAUACACACACACACGCGCACAUCGCCAUUAUCAUUCGAAAUCAUUAAAUUAUUGUUAAACUCUUA